AUGCCGUCACCGCCGCCGCCGCGAAUCCGCGUUCGAAUUCUCACCGAACCCAUCGACGAACGCGAAUCCAUCGAGUUCGUCCGCUCGCCGCUCGCGGGGGCGAUCUCGACCUUCAUCGGCACCGCGCGGAACACGUAUCACGGCGUCGACGUCCUCGAGCUCGCGUACGAGUGCUACGAACCGAUGGCGCUGGAGGUGCUGGACGCCGUGGCGCGAGAGACGUGCGCGCGAUACGCCGGGGACGGCGACGAGCGACGCGUCACCGUGGACGGUCGAGGCGGCAUGGGCGUCGUCGCGAUGGACAUCGCGCAUAGGGUGGGAACGGUGGGCGUCACCGAGACGAGCGUCGUCGUGAGCUGCGCGGCGUCGCAUCGGAAGGAUGCGUGCGACGCCGUCGCCGAGGCGAUGGAGCUCCUCAAGGCUCGAGCGCCGAUAUGGAAGAAGGAGAUAUUAGACGUCGUGGACGAGACGAGCGGUACGCGGGUCGGGGUGUGGAAGGCGAACGGGCUCGGCGAGCACUUUGGUCGUGACGGGUGA